GCAGCAGCUGGCGACGCUGCUUCGCCAUCGCUUCAGCGAGACGAGAGGUGACCACGACCGAGGGGCCAAACUGCAAGGAUCACGGGGAAAAGUUUGUUCGGGAGCAAUAGGAAUAGCUGUUCCACCUGUUGGUGUCGCAGAAGGUGAAGGGGACCCUGACCAAAUUACAAGUUGUACGAAAGAAGAGAAACAACUUCCAGCGUUGAGUGGGCUAGAUCUUCUACCCUGCUGCAGCGACGAUCAGCACGAGGACGAGGUCGACAAACAGGCCAGAGGCGAAAUCACGCGCCAAGAGGGGCGUCGCUCCUCGUCAAGAGGUGAAAGCAAUAAACAUGCUGUGAGACCGUCGAAACAUCACACGGCCACUGUUGAUGCCGAGACGCAGCGUCUCCGCGAGGAGAACGCAAGUACGCGACAGGAGCUUGACCGAAUGCUCGCUGAGUGUGAGCGGCGCAUCGAACAAGCCACCGAGGACGGACGGCGCGCCGGCACAGAAGCCUGCGAAGCCGUGGUCGUGUCGCACAAAGUACUGCUAGCGCAGGCGACGGAGGAGCUUGAGGCCGUUAAGGCGAAGCUGGUUGCCGAAGAGGGCGACCGGCGGCUCCAGGCACAGGAG